ACAUUCCACUCGAUCCUUCUCCGCCGUCCUCCGAGGGAAAAAGGGGCUGGACAACAGUCGACAGGAGGGGAAAGUGUCAAAGAAACCUUUUUUUAACAGGAUGAACAACAGUUUCGUGAACAUGGCGUCAAUCGGCGACUUCGACCCGCUGAACGCGUCAAUCCCUGCCACCAAAGUUGAAAUCACAGUGUCCUGCAGAAACCUGCUGGAUAGAGACACCUUCUCCAAAUCAGACCCAAUUUGCGUCCUCUACGCACAAGGCAUGGGCAACAAGGAGUGGAGAGAGUUUGGGAGAACAGAGGUGAUUGACAACACACUUAAUCCGGACUUUGUGCGCAAAUUCAUUUUGGACUACUUCUUUGAAGAGCGGCAGAACCUUCGAUUUGACUUGUACGAUGUAGACUCCAAGAGUGCCAAUCUGUCAAAACAUGACUUUUUAGGCCAGGCCCACUGUACUCUGGGAGAGGUGGUUGGAUCUUUGGGCAGCCGCUUAGAAAAGCCUCUCGGAGGCAUUUCUGGAAAAAAAUGCGGCACUAUUAUAGUGAAAGCCGAGGAACUGAACAACUGCAGGGAAUCCGUCAUGAUGCAGUUUUGUGGCAACAAGUUGGACAAGAAGGAUUUUUUCGGCAAGUCCGACCCCUUCCUGGUCUUCUAUAGGAGCAAUGAGGACGGCACGUUCACCAUCUGCCACAAGACAGAAGUAGUCAAGAACACAUUGAACCCAGUGUGGCAGGCUUUUAAAAUCCCUGUUCGGGCUCUUUGCAAUGGAGAUUAUGACAGAACAAUCAAGGUCGAAGUGUACGACUGGGACAGAGAUGGCAGCCACGACUUUAUUGGAGAGUUCAGCACCAGUUACAGAGAAUUAUCGAGAGGGCAGAGCCAGUUUAAUGUCUAUGAGGUGGUUAAUCCAAAGAAGAAAGGAAAAAAGAAAAAAUAUCUCAACUCUGGAACGGUAACACUGUUGUCAUUUCUGGUGGACAUUGAGGUCACCUUCCUGGACUACAUUAAAGGAGGGACCCAGAUUAACUUCACAGUGGCCAUUGACUUCACAGCUUCCAAUGGUAACCCAGCCCAACCCACAUCUCUCCACUACAUGAGCCCCUACCAGCUGAACGCCUAUGCCAUGGCGCUGAAAGCAGUUGGGGAGAUCAUACAGGACUACGAUAGUGACAAAAUGUUCCCCGCGCUCGGCUUCGGAGCCAAGCUGCCGCCUGAUGGACGCAUCUCGCACGAGUUUGCUUUGAAUGGGAACCCUCAGAAUCCAUACUGCGCAGGAAUUGAGGGCGUGAUGGAGGCCUACUACCAGAGUUUAAAGUCAGUACAACUGUACGGACCCACCAACUUCUCCCCGGUGGUCAACCAUGUUGCCAGGUAUGCAGCAUCGGUUAAGGAUGGAUCGCAAUACUUUGUGCUCCUCAUCAUCACAGAUGGCGUCAUCUCAGACAUGGCCCAGACCAAGGAGUCUAUUGUCAACGCUUCCUGUCUACCCAUGUCCAUCAUCAUCGUGGGGGUGGGCCCUGCGGAAUUUGACGCCAUGGUUGAAUUGGAUGGCGAUGAGGUCAGAAUUUCAUCCAGAGGAAGAUACGCAGAGAGGGAUAUUGUUCAGUUUGUCCCGUUUCGAGACUACAUCGACCGGACGGGGAACCACGUUCUAAGCAUGGCCCGGUUAGCAAAAGACGUCUUGGCCGAGAUCCCGGACCAGUUCCUGUCUUACAUGAGGACCCGCGGGAUCAAGCCGGCACCUGCGCCACCUCCCUACACGCCUCCAGGACAGCCCCUCCAAACACAAAUAUGAAGGGAAGGGGAAGUUAGUUUCUGAGUCCUAUUUGAAGCCACUCUCCAUGCCUUAUGUGUCGUGGAUCCCAGUGGUCGUUCUCGUAUUCUGGAGCAGCUGCAUGCCAGGGCCAGGAGAGUGGACGGGGAGGGAAAACCCAAUCUGUUUACUUCCAAUGUCGAGCAUUCCUAUCACUGUCUGGAAUUUUUUAUUUUCUAUCUUUUAGCCUGGUGUCGUUGCAGGAAAAAUGAAGCAGGUUUUAUUUUUAAUGUACAAAAAGAAUGUCCCCAGACAACACAAAGGAAUGAACACUAACUUGUAAAUAAUAUUUCUGUCUUUCACUGUUUACAGUAAGGAUUUUUACUGUUCAUACUUUUAUACUUCAAGCUUGUGAUAUUCUCUCUCUCUCUUUUCCCUGACGUGCGUCAGGUAGCAGCAGUGCAGGUCCCGGUAGCCCAUCUGUACCGUACCGUACCGUACUGUACUGUACCGUGCCGUACCGUACUCGACUGUAUUCCUGGUGUUUAUCGACCUUUUUGCAUGAGUGUAGCCUGGAGCACAUGCAUGAAUAUAGCGGCCCUGCACUACCUCUUCCAACCAUCCGUCCGUCUUGAGGUGGGUGGAGUGUGUAUGAGUGUGUGCAGUGAUGGAGUGGUCCAGUCGUCUCUCUCGGUCUGUCAGUCUUCCUUCUAAAAAAAUCUCCCAAUCUCUCUUUCCUCUCUGCUGUGUUUCCAUUCAUUCUGAUUUUCAUCCUUCGUAACCAGUAUACCGUGUAUUAAACAUAUAUUGUUUAUUUUGCCUUUUUCACAAGUUACCUAGAAAAAAUGUCAUGCACUAGACAUAUAAUAAUCCCAUAAGAAGCACCUUUUUUCAUUUGUUGCUUUUAUUUGGAUGAUAGCUCAUUGAAUAUCAUUUAUUGUUCUGUAUAUGGUGGUAUUUCUCUUCCAAAAAAGCAAAAAAUGCUAAACAAAACAAUAUUUUUUUUUUUAAACAAUCCAUACUUAAAUCAUAUCUGAGACCGUAUUGCCUCAAAUUAAUAAAACAAAGGUUGUACCAAAAAAAAGGUGUUUAGGCUGUAUUACUGCAAGUUAAUACCAUAACUAAUGCUAAUUGAUUUUUUUUCUCCAUAACAGUUAAUAUAAUUUAUUCUGUAUAAGGUAGUAUUUUUUUCCAAAACACAAACGUUCUACCAAAACAAGUUUUUGCAAAUUUGAUUUGUUUUCAUGUAUUUUUGUUGGGUUUUUAGGGUGCAUUCCUGUAAUUAGUAACCAAUAUAUAUUACACAUAUAUUGUUUAUUUUGCCUUGAAAACACUACUGUACAUCUGUACUUAAUGCUAUUAUGUAUCUACACAUUAACACAAGUUACUGACAACAACAACAACAAAAAACAACAACAACAAAAAAAAAAAUAUAUAUAUAUAUAUACACAUAUAUAUUAUAUAUAUAUAUAUACACACACACAUAUAUAUAUAUAUUUAUAUAUAUAUAUACAUACAGUAUAUAUAGUGAAUGAGGAGAAGCAGCAUAGAAAAUGGAUGGAUGGAGUAUAUAUAGUGGUGUUAUGUCCAGAAAAUUGAAAUUAGUUUUUGUUUUUAUUUCAGUUACAGUUAAUAUUACUGGUAUACAUUUUUCUGUGGAAAAAUGUAAAAUUUGGUAACAGUUUCUGCCAAAAAAUAAAAAUUUUAAUUCAAAAUGCUAAUAUUUUGCUAUUUGUAUUUACAUUUUUAUUGUAUUUUCAAAAUGAUAUUUUAAGGCCAUAUUUCCUCAAAUGAAUAGCAUUAGUAACCAGUAUAAUCUUACACAUAUCAUAUUGUUUUUUCCCCCUUUGUAAACACUAAAAAAUUGCUUUAGUUAAUACAAUCAUGUGUCUAGUUUUGAAUAUUUAUUAACGUAUAAUAACCGAGAGAAUGUACAGUAGGAUUAUGUAGCAAUACAGUAUAUCCACAAAACUAUAUUUUGUUGUUUUUCUUUCCAAAAAGCAACUAUGUGCACAUUUACUAUAUAUUUUUUUUUUAAAUGAUCACUAGUUAAUUUUUCAAAUAUAUUUUUCACUCCAAAUUUUAGGCCUUAUUCCCACAGUGAAUGGAAACACAGUUACUCUCAGUCUCUUGUCUCUUCUCGGCCUUGGCAGUGAUGCCCACAUGCUCGGGGGUUUGUUUGUGUGUGUGUGUGUGUGUGUGUGUGUGUGUGAAUAUGUGGUCUUAACAUCAAGUUUGAAAAAGACAGCAGCUGCUCUCAAACAAUGUUUGAGCAUAAAGAGCCCAGUGGUCAAAAACGCAAAGAAAAUACACAUUUUGUUCAUUCAUGUCUUUUGGUUUGGAGUUAGUGAUUUUUUUUUAAUUAAUUUUUUUUUUGACUGAGCAAUGUAUGCGUGAGUGAAACGUUGAUUAUCAGAAAAAAGCAUUUAGACUGUGUUUUCUGUAUAUGUGAAGGGAAAACACAUUUUGUAGUAUUAAGUACCUAACCUAAUGUGACAACAUUAAUACUAAUAUUCUCCAGUGGACUGAUUUUAAAGAUGGUAUUAAGGACUGAAGCUCCAAUUCAUGACCGGUGGGACCAAUACGAAAUCUAGCCACAAUCACACACUGCCCCUUAUUUGACUGUUUAAGGAUUUGUUAGAUGUGUGGUAACUCUGAUUGAUGAUCUAAGAGUGUGUGCAUUUGUAGCAAAUAGUGUGGAAUGAAGAAUCUUCGCAUGCUUUUUUAUUGUAGCAGAGUAUGGACAUACUAGUGUGUGUGUACGGCCUUGCAGUCACCCACUGUGUUCAAGGCAUAGCUGGACACAUCAUUAGGACUGCAGGUCAAAAUAACAGCGCUCAUUACAGCGCUCGCUAAGACUCAAGUCACCCGUCUGUUUUUUGAGGGCUGGGGGGGUCCCCGUGGGAAGGCCACAGAGAGGCUUCUGGGUCGGUAGAGUUUACCUGCACCAGUCUCAUGUUGACGGCUUGCUCAAUACAAGCAGACAGAGGGAUCACCUAUUAUUUUUAAAGCACUCGCCAAAGCAAAUUAGCAGCAGUAGUGGAAACCACAAAAAUGUAUUUCUACAUCAAUCAAUAAACUGGGGGUCACAUACAAAAAUUAGAGAGAUGCCAAACACUUCAUGUUAAACUUUUUUAAUCUUUUCCUGUUAGUUUUAGUGUACUUUCACAAGAAUUUAGUAGGAUAUCAUACAAAAAAAUGCACACGUCACACUCUGAAAACAGCAUCCUGCAGCAAACUAAUAAACAAAUAUUGUAAACACUAAAACGCAAGACUAUAAAUGCUACAAUAUUACCAUAUACACCCGAAUAAAAGAUUAGAUUGCAAUUAAAAUAAAAAAGGACAUCAUAUUUCACCAUUGUCAUAAAAUGAGCAUCAUAAGUUCUUUCUGUUUGCUAACUUGCUAACAACAUUUGAGACACUGUCAGAGGUGUGUGUGUGAGUGACAGGAAGAAAAGCUCUGACUCUGUUGUUUUGGUGCCACAAGUUGGUUUACAUGCGUAAAUCUCGACUAUAAAACGAGUCAACUUUUUCAAGGAGAAAAAUAACAUUUUAUAUUCAGAUUUAAAAAAAAAAUAUAUAUAUAUAUAUAACCCUAAAAAUUUAAAAAUUUUUGCACAAUUUUCUACUAAAUUCUUGUGAUAGCGAUAUUCUUAAAAGUCCCAUUUUUUUUAAUCAUCAUGAGUGUGUAUGUUAGUUUAAAUGAUUAAUUUGCAUAAAUCUACUGCUGUAUGUAUGUGUGAGACAUUCCACAAGUGUUUUAAUGGGCAAUGUGACCAUUUGUUUACUUAAAAAAAGCUAUCCAAAUACUCUAUCGUAUGCUCGUCAUAUCUUCUUAAAAAUGUGCACUAUGUUUGCAUGUACAGUUUUACUAAGGAUGCACCAGUUCCUUUUUGUUCUAUAUACAAAAAAAUGGUGUGUUUUGAACUAUUAUAUGAGUCUAUAUGAAAACUGUACAAAAAAAAAAUGGCCUUAACUCGCUGAUUAUCUUGGAAUUGUGCGAUGCCUUCUUUAGAGGAACUAAUGGUUUCCAGGAAUAACUUUGUGUCAGUGUUUCUAUUGCGUUCUUGUGUGAUUUUUGUUCGUUUUUUGGAGGGGUGGGUGUACUUUGUUUUGAACCAGUGAUUAAUCAGAACGCAUGGCUGAAUACUGAUUGUCUUAUAUUACAUAUGAUAGAUGACUAUUUCCAUAUUGAACUCGGAAUUUUUCAAUAAAUAUUCGUAUGAAACCGUGUAUGUGCUGCAUCCUAAGACAA